AUGUUGGUCUAUCAGGAUUUACUCACCGGCGACGAGCUUCUAUCAGACUCGUUUGCGUACAAGGAGAUUGAGAAUGGGAUCCUUGCAAGGAGCCCUAAGGUGGACAUUGGUGCUAACCCCUCUGCAGAAGGCGGGGAGGAAGAUGAAGGCGUCGACGAUCAGGCCGUGAAGGUUGUCGACAUUGUCGACACCUUUAGGCUUCAGGAGCAGCCUCUGUUUGACAAGAAGCAGUUUGUGGCAUACAUGAAGAAGUACGUCAAGUUGUUGACGCCCAAGCUGGAUGAAGAGAAGCAAGAACUGUUUAAGAAGAACGUCGAGGCCGCCACCAAAUUCUUGCUCUCGAAGAUCAAAGACCUCCAAUUCUUUGUUGGGGAGAGCAUGGCAGAUGAUAGCUCCUUGGUGUUUGCUUACUACAAGGAUGGAGCCACUGAUCCUACUUUCUUGUAUUUUGGCGUUGGCCUCAAGGAAUCAAGUGCUAACUAUGUAAAAAGCAAAGAUCCUGCCGCCUUCAAGUGUUUAAUUAAGAGAGAUUAA